AUGUCUACCGACCCACAGAUCCGCGACUUCGAAAAGAGGAUCGCCCAGGACGCCCGCACCGACCAGAAGAACCUUGACCAUGUCGUCAAAGACCUCAAGAAUGCCGAGAAGGCCCAUCAAAAGGCCAUCAAGGGUGCGGAUAAUGCUCAGCACCAGCUGGACAAGGCCGUCCAGCAGGAACACAAGACAGCCGGUGCGGUAGAAAAGGCUGAGCACAACCAUCAGGCCGCGAUUCAGGCUGAGGCGAGCGCAGAGAAAAGGCUGGAUCUCGCGCGACAGUAUCAGGAACGUCUCGAACAGGAGCUUCAGAAGAGGCGAGGCUCUGUCGACGAGUGGGAGCAUCGCAAGGACGUGAAUGAUCAACAACGCGAGAUGAAGCUUGCAGACAUCCAUAACGAUGCCGCGUCGCGAGCCGGCUCUCGCGCCAACAGCGUCAACUAUGGUUUAAAGAACGGGGCUCGUAACCCUGGUGCCGCCGCUGGCGUGAACGGAGCCCAAGGUCCUACCGCGCCUGGCGUUGGUAUGGGACCAUCUGGCGCUGCUGCGUAA